GGAUCGAUCGGUCACGCUUCCUUUCCUUGCUCAGCUAGCUUGUGCUCCUAAAGCUUUGUCAUGGCGGCGUCCCGCUCGCCCAAGGCCGCGAGGGAGGCGGCCGCCGUGGACGCCAACACCACGUUCGUGCAGGCCGACCCCGCGACGUUCCGCGCGCUCGUGCAGAAGCUCACGGGCGCCGCGCCAGCAGCAGGCGGGACGACGACAGCGACAGCGCCGAAGCAGGAGGACGACGACGACGCGGCUGCGGUGACCGUCGCGCACGCGCCGAGGCGGCCGAAGCUGCAGGAGAGGCGGCGCGCGGCGCCGGCCAGGCUGGAGCUGUCGCCGGCGUCGUUGUACUGCUACCACCACCACCACGCCCACUCCCGCUACGGCCACGGGCUCAUCAUGCACUCGCCAGUGUCGCCCAUGGACGCCUACAUGGUGCUGGCGGCCUCCGCGUCGCCGUCGCCGUCGCCGUCGCCGUCGAGCGGCGGCGCGGUGGUGACGAUAAGCAGGGAGGAGGAGGAGCGGGAGGAGAAGGCCAUCGCCUCCAAGGGCUUCUACCUGCACGCGUCGCCAAGGGGUGGUGACGGCGACCGGCCCAGGCUGCUGCCGCUGUUCCCCGUCCAAUCACCCAGGAUCAGUGAACUCCGGCGAGGCUAGCAAGCUAGUCAUGUGUGGCUAAUUCACCGUUAGUGACAUAUAUAUAUGCAUGUACCGCCUAUAUAUAUAUUUGCGCUAGAACUUGAUGGUGUUAAAAUUUCAUGGUUGCAACGUACGUACUACGCCUUGUUAGUUUUUGUAGCCGGUAAAUCUCUAGCUAAUUAAUCCUCUGCCACA